AUAGUUUGUUGAUUUGCUUAUUGGGAACCCAAUCCUAGUCUAUCGCUACAUGGGCAUAAGACUGCGGUACCUUGCAUUUUGUAGGAUUUCUAUUUCUUAAGAGAUGGUAAUUGAUUUGUGGUUAAGAUGCAACCCAGAUGGAGCAUUCUUAGUUCCUGCAAAAUAAUCUAAAAUCAAAAUUGAUGCAGGAGGAAACAACAGCUAGUGAGAUUGUGAUUUCGGUGGCUUUCUGAGUGUUGAGAGAUCAAGAAAGCAGUAAGAUUUUAUAAGAACAGAGGGCUAUUAGCCGACGCACCAAGCCUAAUCUGAUUUUGGGUUUACAAUAGGCAAACUUUGAAACAAGAUGGAACUUGGGACCCUUAAUGAUCCCAGCCAAUCCACAUUCUCUUUGAUUGAUGAGGACCAUACAUUUGCAAAUGCUAUCCGAUUUACUUUGAAUCAGGAUCCAAGGACGCAAUUCUGUGGGUACAGCAUUCCUCAUCCAUCAGAUAAUCGAGUUAAUAUCAGAAUUCAGACUACAGGAGAUCCAGCAAAAAAGGUAUUUGAAGAUGCAUGUCAGGAUCUCAUGGUGAUGUGCCAACAUGUGAGCAACACUUUUGACAAGGCAGUGGUUGAUUUCAAAAUGAGCAAGUCUGUGGAUGGCAUGGAUAUUGAAGAAUUAAAAUAGUUGAAUUGCUCAUCUGAGAUUCUCAUAUAUAUGUUUUUUUAUCACAAUCGUAGCUUAGGGUGAUGCAUGAUAUGAACUCAAUAGUUUGAUCGUCGGCUGCAAUUAUAUAUGUUGGCGGUGUUCCAGUUACUGUUCUGCUCAUGGAAGUCUUAUGGAAGUCUAUCCCCUAUGUUUUUCCUCAGUUUUGCUAGGUUUGAUGUUUCAGUACCAGACUCUUGAUAUAUUCUACCAGCAAUAAAAUUGAA